GGAGUAAGUGAAAGAAGAGGAGGAGGGCGGGAGGUGUGUUGCUUUGCUGCUUCUGCUCCUCCAGACAGAUGCAUUUCCUCCCCUUCAUAGCGACCAGCAGGCUUCUUUGAAACGACCAGCUCUCAUUUUCUGCCUCUGUCCUCAUCAGAGAGAAGGAAGCUCUGUAGACCUUCACGAAAUCAUCCCUUUCAUGUCCUCAUCUUGAAAUAUCUUUGAGACUGGAGACUGCCACCCUCUGCAUCUGCCAGUCAGAUGUUGAGUUAUUUUCACAUCUAGUUGUAGAUUCAGGGCUUUUACUGGACUGCAUCUGGUCUGUUUCAUCCUUGUUGAAUUUUUUAUUGUAGAAAUGAGGGCUGAGGCACUGGUUGUCUGGGUUGGGGUGACCCUGUGUUGUGCCCUGGUCUGUGCUCAAGAAGACAUAGAAGAGAAGCAACUCUCCAGGGACCUGGCUCAGGUAAGAGAAGCCCGAGGACUGACUAAACACAGGAGACAAGGAGAUGAAGAGGAUGUUGAGAUGUCAGAUGAGCCAGCUGAAGUAACAGAGGAGCAGACAAAGUCGAAGAAGAAAAAAACACCUGAGGAAAUUGAGGCAGCCAGGGCAAAAAAGGCUGCAGAAAAAGAGGCCAAGGCAAAGAAGCAGAAAGCCCCAAAGCCCACCAAGAAGCCAAAACCCCCGAAACCCACAAAGAAGCCAAAGCUGCCAAAACCCACAAAGAAGCCGAAGGUGCCAAAACCCACCAAGAAACCAAAGACGACGACCACAGCGCAGCCAGAUAUCCGGCGUCCUUCUCCUGAGGAGGAGGAGGAGUCGUUGCUGAUUGAGCUGGGCUUGGAAACAUUGGUUCAACCUGUGACUCCAAAGGAGCCUGUAGAGCCAGACCUGGGUGGGGUACCUGGUGGACAUCCUGAUGACAAGAAUGAAGCUACAACUACUGAGGUCAUCAUGUACAUACCAGAGGAAACCACCACCGUCCCAUAUGUUGGUCCCUGGUAUGAAGAAUAUGAUUAUGCAGACUUGGCAGCUAAGAAACAACAAGAAGAGGAGGAGAGAGCCCGGAAGGAAAAGGCAGAAAAAGCUGAGAGACUGAGGAAGAAGUGGGAGGAGGAGGAAGAGGAGAGACUGAAGCAGGCUGCUGUGCCUGCUGAGCCAAAAGCGUGUCCUCCUCUGGGCUUGGAGUCCCACCGGGUUGAAGAUGACCAGCUGCUGGCUUCCUCACAGACUCAUCAUGGCUUAGUGGCGCAGAGGGGACGCCUUAACAUGCAGGGCUCCGAUAAUGAAGAUGACAUGUAUGGUGGAGCAUGGUGUGCCGAGCCUGAAGAGAAGGACCACUGGUUUCAGGUCGACGCUCGUCGAGAGGUGGAGUUCACUGGUGUCAUCACUCAGGGAAGAAAUUCAGAGCAAUAUGAGGACUUCAUGUCAUCCUACUUUGUGGCCUUCAGUAACGACAGCCGUGACUGGACUGUGCUGCAGGAUGGCUACGCUGAAUGGUUGUUCUAUGGGAACGUGGAUAAGGAUACGCCAGUGAUGAAUCAGUUCAAACCUCCAGUGGUGGCCCGUUACAUCCGCAUCCUGCCUCAGAGCUGGAACGGCAGCCUGUGUCUGAGAGCUGAGAUCCUGGCCUGCCAGCUGCCCAGCAGCUAUCACAGCGAGAAUGAGGUCAACUCGUCUGAUGACCUGGACUUCAGACACCACAACUAUAAGGAGAUGAGACAGAUGAUGAAGGUGAUUAAUGAAGAAUGUCCCAACAUCACGAGGAUCUAUAACAUCGGUAAAAGCUCACAAGGUCUGAAGAUGUAUGCCAUGGAGGUCUCUGACAACCCAGGCGAGCAUGAGACAGGUGAACCUGAAUUUCGUUACACAGCUGGUCUCCAUGGUAACGAGGCCCUGGGUCGGGAGCUUCUCCUGCUGCUGAUGCAGUUCUUGUGCAAAGAAUAUAAUGAUGAAAACCCAAGAGUGCGCCGCCUGGUGGACGGAGUAAGAAUUCAUCUGGUGCCCUCACUGAACCCGGAUGCUUACGAGCUGGCGUAUGAGAUGGGUUCAGAGAUGGGAAACUGGGCUCUCGGGCACUGGACUGAAGAAGGUUACGACAUAUUUCAGAAUUUCCCGGAUCUCAACAGCAUUUUAUGGGGAGCAGAAGACAGAGGCUGGGUGCCUCGUAUAGUGCCUAAUCAUCACAUCCCCCUCCCAGAAAAUUUCCUUAAUGGUUCUGUGGCAGUUGAGACAAAAGCUAUAAUUUCCUGGAUGGAGCGCAACCCAUUUGUACUGGGAGCUAAUUUGCAAGGAGGGGAAAAACUGGUGACAUACCCCUUUGACAUGCAGCGCCCACCAGCUUCCUUAACCGACAGCCGGCGUUGGAGAGUUAACGCUGAGAUGAACGAGGAGACCUGGGCUCGUAUUCAGCGGCAGAAUGAAGGAGCUCUGAGGGAGACUCCUGAUGACCAAAUGUUUCGCUGGUUAGCAAUGUCGUAUGCCCACAGCCAUCUGACCAUGACCGAGACCUACAGAGGAUCCUGCCAUGGUGAUGAUGUCACAGCAGGGCAGGGCACCAUCAACAGAGCCAGCUGGAAGCCGUCGGUGGGCAGUAUGAACGACUUCAGCUAUUUACACACCAACUGCUUCGAGCUCUCCAUCUUCUUGGGCUGUGACAAGUUUCCCCACGAGAGUGAGCUGCCCCUCGAGUGGGAGAACAACCGCGAGGCUUUGCUGUCCUUCAUUGAACAAGUACAUCGAGGGAUAAAGGGUGUAGUGAGAGAUGUAGAAGGAAAUCCGCUGCCUAAUGCCACCAUAUCUGUAGAAGGAAUACGACAUGAUGUCAGAACUGCUGCAGGUGGUGAUUACUGGCGGCUGCUGAAUCCAGGUGAGUACAGGGUGACAGCCAAAGCUGACGGCUACACCCCCCAGACUCGGCUUUGCAUGGUGGGCUACGACUCUGGAGCCACCCGCUGCAGCUUCACCUUAGCCAAAUCCAACUGGGACCGCAUCAAAAAGAUCAUGGUGCUCAACGGUGACCGGCCCAUUCGGCUAAUCACCAGAUCAAACCCAGUGAAAACAACAGUGGCCAGCACACUGGCAACCCCCGGGACCACUGCAGGGACGGAAACCCACGCCAACUCCCAGAAUGCAGAGCGGCUGAGGCGGAUGAAACUCAGGCGGCGACUCAUGAAAUUAAACAGGCUGCGCAAACAGAGACUAAACGUCAGAUUUAGACUCAGAACGACCCCUCCUACCACUACAACCACCACCACCACCACCACACCACCUGAAACCGAGAGAACCACCUCCUGGUAUGACUCCUGGUCCACAGAGAACCCGUUUGACUCGGCGCCCACACAGGACUAUCCUUUGGAAUACACAAUUGAUUACCAAACACCCAUCUACUAGAAGUCAUCACUAACCACCAGCUUUAUACAAAAUAAACAGGUUUUUAAUCAUGUACUUUACUAAAAAGAGGGUUUUAAUUAUUUGGUUAACUUGUCUUGUUUAUUAGCUGUACCUCUACUUUUGAAACCAUUUAAAUGAGUAUGGAUCAGGAUAAAAACGCCUCUGCUGAGCAGAGACCACAACACACAUUUAACUGGUUCAGUGUUAAAUCAGUUUGUUCCAGUACAACAUGUGAUGAGGAAUGUCUGUGGAAGAAAUCUCUCUUUUUGUUUCUUUAAUGACAUUACAACAAGAUUGCUGGCCUCAGUUAAACUGAUUUAUUGUAUGCUGAAUGCAUUCAAUUAAAAAGAAUUUUCUAA